AUGGGAGAUGUAGUUGAUGGUAGUAUGGGCAAUAAGGAAAUGGAGUUAUUAACGAUUAGAGCGACUGUUGAGGAUAAUAUGGGGGCCACUAUGACUCGAUUUUUGAUUCGUUUGAAUAGGAAAAUAUUUAAUAUAAUGGAGUUGCAACAUUAUGUGGAGUUGAAAAAUGUGCUACAUGUGACUAUGAAGAUCUCUCUCUUUGAUGCGGGUACAGAUUCGAGAUCGAAUCGUUUCGAAAAGAGAGGGAAUGAUGUGAUCCAUGAAAUAAAGGCAACGAAUACAAGUCCGAACAAUGAUCCGUUGAUGGUUGAAGAAGGAGAUGAUAGCUUAAUCCUCAAUGCCUUAUAUUUGGUGACUACCGUUAGAAUAUCAUUCAAAUUUUUCCGUAACUCUAGCACUACCUCUUCCACGGCAAGUCCGGCGGCGGCGUCGAGUGGAGCAAAGAAGUCGAAGCGAAAAAAGAAGAAUCUAUUUGAGGUGGUCCAGUUUUUGCCCAACUGGGGCAUCGGCUAUCACAUGGCUAAAAUCCAUUGGACCGGCGUUUCGAAUCAGAUUACAAAAAUCAAUCUGUACAAAGAUGGAAGGCACGGGAAAGCUUGGGGGAUUGUUUACAAAGAUGGCAUGUCAGUUGCAGAUGCACCCAAGAAAAUAAACAGGGUUCAAAAGCGUUGCUGGAAAUACAUACCAAACUUGAUGAAAACCAUAGAAAAUUCCCCAAAACCAGAAACUCAGGCUGCUUGAUAUUUACGUGUUCUGCCAGUUUGAACAAUCUUCAUGAUAUCAUUUCCUUUUGCAGUUGAAGGUAUAUUCAAAUUGAACGUGCAGGGAUAUCUGAGUGGUAUUGAGAAACUCUAAUUUCUCUAUAUAUUUGUUGAAUUUGUUUAUGACAGCCUUAUGUUAAAUUCUAGGGUAGAUCAAAGCCAACUGAAUGCAGAUAUCAUUGUCACGUAAAUCAGUUGUUGCUUAACUUCUAGGAAAAUUUUAUGCUGGAGUAACUUCAUUUUUGUUUCAAUUUGGGGUUACUCAGAUUAUACUUUGUUACCAUUGAUUUGCCCAGCAAAUUCCGAUGUUCAAAUGCUCGUUUAAUUAGAACAGAGCAUUUUGUGAGUUA